AUGAAUGGAUCGAGAAAGAGACAUUUCAAAUCAGACCCCUCUCACAGCAGCAGCGAAAUCGCCCGCAAAGCCCGAAGAAAAAGUCCCCAGUCCGCAGAAGAACUCCAAGCCCAGAGAUGUCUGGCUAACGUUAGAGAGCGGCAAAGAACUGAGUCCCUCAACGAAGCCUUCUCCCAGCUCAGGAAGAUCAUACCUACCCUGCCAUCAGACAAACUCAGCAAGAUACAAACCUUAAAGUUGGCAUGCAGGUACAUCGACUUCCUGUUUCAGAUUCUGAGAAGUGAUGAAGCCGAGAUGAAAUAUUUCCCUUCCAGUUGCAGCUACAUGGCCCACGAGAGACUGAGCUACGCUUUCAGCGUUUGGAGGAUGGAAGGGGCCUGGCACAUGACUGACCACUAG